UCCUCCACGCUCCUCCUCCGAAGAGCGCUCCCCUUUAAAGCGCGGGCACAGGCGGGAGACGAGCACUGCCUGACCAUGGCCAUGGACCAGAGCACACCGAAUGCGGAGGACGCCGCGGAUGCUGGGCAUCCGUCAGGUACUGCGCUUCCGGCGGUUGCUACGCUCCUCGCAGAAACAGUGCGUCCCGCGGAUGCUGAGAACCCCGAGGAUGCUGCGUACCCCAGGGUUAAUCUUCGGGACCCCGAGGCAGUGUGGCUGCCCGCUCGGCACUCGCGUUCCCGUUGUCGGCUGCUCUACUGGGUAGGCGUCUUGGUGUUGCUGCUUGGGGUUGUCUGUGUCCCGAUCGCCUUCUUCACUGGCAUCCUGACCCUGCGGGAUCUCACAGAGACUUCAAACCGGACGGUCACUCCCGUUGCUCUAAAUGACUACCCCAAGGGGUCUCUCGUGUUCGCUAAUCUACAGGCUAAAAACGAAGCAUCGCUGCAGCCCAAUAGGACCCUGCACUGGCAUAGCCAAGAAGGAGCUGGGAGCUCGAAUCCCUACCAGGGUCUGAAGUUCAACAGGUCCCAAAAAAAGUUGACAGUGAAGACCGCUGGUCUGUACUACGUGACCUUGCAGUUGAAGCUCAGUCCUGUGCUAAAAAACACGGACCACAAGGUGCAGGGCCGGGUCUCUCUCGCUCUGCAGCUGGCUCCCCCGAUAGAGGGCCUUGACAACUCGGGCCUCACUGUGCACCUGUUCCCCUGGUCAAUGGAGGCCAACUUAGUGGAAGGUUCUUGGAGUCACCUGAUCCCCCUGCAGGCUGGCCACUGCCUCAGUGUGAAACUCAGUGCCUACAUGGACGGAGCCCAGGAGGCGUACAGAGACUGGCAGCUGUCUCAGACUGAUAUCACUAGCUUUGCACUCUUCCUUGUGCAACCUGACACCCCACAGGGACUGUCAGCCACAGGGUAAUGGCACGUGCUACCCUCCUUAUGACCCCUGGGCACUGGGACCCCAAGCUGCUAUAUCUCAUGGGGCCUGAGCACGGGGUCCCCCUUCCAGUAUUCUCCCCACACCCUGUCCCUGACUGGACUCAGUAUUUAUUGUGAGCAUAGCUCACAUAACUCUUUAUAUAACUCGUCCUGCAGCAUUAGCAAACUGCUGGGCAGGUGCUAUCGAGAAACCAGCCAUCAAAGUUUCCCAAAGGAAACUAUUUAUUUAUGUUAAUAUGUGGGAAAUAAAUGUAUUUGUAAAUAA